AUGAAGUCCGUUCUGCAGCUCUCCUUGUUCCUGGCCCAGGGACUCCUCGUUCUUGGGACCACCACACCAGGAGGUCCUCCAAAGUGCAAUGCCGACAACUGCUACCGCGCUCUUUUCCCCUGCCCUUCUCCAUCCGCCGUCUCCGUUGCCUCGGCCUUUUGCAAAACCAUAACCGCCUCCGGCACCACCGCAACCAACUAUCCCACCCGAGCCACCAACGCGUGCGGUAAUACUCCCGACCGCUACAUCUCCGCUUGCAAAUGCGGACCGACCUGUUCGUACACCACCACCACCGCUACCGCAACCGCCACUGCCUGCCCCUCCGCCACCCCAUCCAACGGCGGACUCAUCUACGGCGACUUCGAAUGCCCAUCUCCUUCUCCCCCUUGGACCGUCCAAGUCCUCGACCCCUCCUUCUCCCUCUCCACCACCACAACCAACUUCUUCACCGGUGCCCGCGCCCUCCUUGCCUCUCUCACCGGACCCUCCACUUGCUCAGGCGUGUGCGUCAACGCACGCAUCAUCUCCCCUUUACUCCCGAUAACCCCAAACACCGAUUACAAACUCACCCUCGCCACUUUCUUCCCCAACAACACCGACGGCAGUAUCACCUCAACCGGCUUCAUCGGCAUCCAAAUCAACGGGCGCGCAGGCCUGACCAUCGACAGCAACGAUGACUUGCCUCGAGAAAAGUGGCGGUUUAGACAAUCGCCUUGGCGGUCUUUGACGGGUGAAACUACAGCGGAAAUAAGAAUCGAGUGGAUCGGCCCUCCCUCUCUUCUCGACACCGUCACUUUCGCUCCCGUCAGCGCUUAUUCCGGCACAACCCCUCCGCCCCUGGGUAUCCUCCCCGGCGGCGAAUUCGAAUCCGGUCUCGGGUCAUGGACGCAACAAGUUCCUGACCCUGGAGCAACCGCCGGCGUCGUCAGUUUACCUCUACCAGGCCAAGUAAACCCGGAUUACCGCUUUGGCUCCAAGGCCUGGCGAGUUGUGUCUCCUUUGAAGCCCAACCCAGCCAACCAAGAGUUCCUCGUCUCUGCCCGUCUUAUUUCCCCUACGGUCACCGUCGUUCCAGGAAGGAAAUACCUGAUUAGUUUCUCGACGUACUUCGACGCGUUUGGGAUCGGGUUUGUGGGACUGAUGGUUAAUAACCAGCCGAUUUAUACGAGGGAUCCGGGCGAUCAGGGACAAGGAGGGAUUAAUUGGUGGGGAUUGAAUACGGUUUAUUGGGUUGCGCCGGAGAAUGUUUCCACUGCGCAACUAAAGUUUGAGGCGGUCAUGGCGGAGAAGGGGACUAUGGGAGUUGAUGCGGUGGUUAUGGUGGAGGUUAAUCCUACUGUGACUGCGUUUUAA